AGAGCCAACGUGUCAGCGGCGCCCAAGCGGCCCCAGGGCACUCUCCUCGCCAAGCCGCCAAUGGGCUCAGGAUCCGCCCCUGACGACGUGGGCCCCGCCCCUGGAGACACGCGCCGCGCAGUCGUCACCCGCCCGGGAGCAGGAGGCCGGGGGCGCCGGCCGGCCGGGCCUGGGCGGUCGCCAUGAAGCUGACGCGGAAGAUGGUCCUGACCCGGGCCAAGGCCUCGGAGCUACACAGCGUGCGCAAGCUCAACUGCUGGACCAUGAGGAACAGUUCAUCUUGUCGUGUCUUACAAAUGGCUCUGCUGCUCCUUAUGUAAAAGGGGCAGCCGCCUCACAGAUAUUUCCAUUUGCCGGGAGAUGCCCAGCCUGGAGGUGAUCACGCUCAGUGUCAACAGCAUCUCCACCCUGGAGCCUGUGAGCCGGUGCCAGCGCCUGAGCGAGCUGUACCUGCGGAGGAACCGUAUCCCCAGCCUGGCUGAGCUCUUCUACCUGAAGGGGCUGCCGCGUCUGAGGGUGCUGUGGCUGGCAGAGAACCCGUGCUGCGGCACCAGCCCCCACCGCUACCGCAUGACCGUGCUGCGCACCCUGCCGCGCCUACAGAAGCUGGACAACCAGGCUGUGACGGAGGAGGAGCUGUCCCGUGCACUGAGCGAGGGAGAGGAGAUCACCGCCGCCCCGGAGAGAGAGGGCACAGGCCACGGCAGCCCCAAGCCAUGCUUCACACUGAGCUCCCUCAGCUCCGCUGCUGAGACCGGCCGGGACCCGCUGGACAGCGAGGAGGAGGCAAUCAGCGCCCAGGGUGAACUUGCCCUGAAGCCCCCUUCCCGGGACCCGUUUCCUUCCUUCUCACCCAGGGAUGCUUCGAGCAGCCACAGGAGCAGGAACGUCCUGACUGCCAUCCUGCUGCUGCUGCGGGAGCUGGACGCAGAGGGGCUGGAGGCCGUGCAGCUGACUGUGGGCAGCCGGCUGCAGGCCCUGCGUCAGGAGGAGGUGCAGGAGCACGCCGAGUGACCACAGGACCUGAGCGCCGCUCCACCAUCCACGGGGACCCCAGUGUCUUCCCCAGCCCCCAGGAGCUGAAGGGUGGCUGCCACAGCCCUGGCCCCACACAAAAGCCUCUCCGGUUUGCCGCAUCGGCCGAGAGCAGCAGUGGGUAUUAAGUGCUGGCUAGCUGGAGCGGUGGAGAUGCCUGUCCACACCACAAUGUCCCCAGGACUCCCCCUCUGUGGUCUGGAGGUUCUGGGCUGGCCUGGGCUCUUAAAGGGAGGAUUUUGCAGGCUGUCCUCCCUAAUAAAAGAUUUUCCCAAGGUU